GGGGGCAGGGGGAACAGCUGGGACGCUGAACAGUGCCACUGAAGCCUCAGAAAGGACCUGCAGAUUUCAUGAGCUCAGGGCAAAAAACAAAAAACUGGCUGGUGAAGGGAAUCUAAUGAUGAUGAAGAAUAGGAAAAUGUGAUGGUGUGAGAGUUCAGAUGGUGCUGGAAACUUUCAUCAGAGGAUUUGCGAGGUUGAGAAGGAAGGGAGGACGCGCACAUAAAAGAUAACCACACCAACCCACCGUCUCUGUUCACUCAAUCGUCAGCCACUACGAGAGGUCAAAUAAUGGAGCUGCCCCUGACACUUCAUGUGCUCCUACUUCUCUGUUCUAUCAAUGCUGUUGUUUGGGCGUGUCCGGAUGGAUGCAAAUGUCAAGGAACCCAAAUCCUCUGCAGUGGCCUCUCAGACUUCCCCACAUCUUUGCCCUCAUCUACCACAGCCCUCUACUUCUCUAAUUGCAGUAUCUAUUUCUUGAAACCAGAGGACUUAAAUGAUUUUUCGUAUGUCCUUGGCAUCCUUGUGAUUAAAGACACUGUUUUGACGGAAGUUCGCACCGGCACAUUUGAUUCCACUCCAAACAUAAGUGCCAUAGGGUUUAUUACCACCGAACUGCAAGAUCUCCCUGAGGCCGUGUUCCAAAAUCUACAGAAGCUUGAGUCUCUGAAUCUGAAGGGUAAUAAGCUCCUGGUACUCCGUCCUAACUGGUUUUCCCAGUUGGCAAGGCUGAAAAGCCUUGACCUCAGUAAGAACCUUUUCACUUCUGUACCUGUGGAAACUUUUCACCCUCUUACUGAGCUGCAAUACCUUUUUCUUUCAGGAAACAAAAUCAGUCAAUUACAUAGAGAGACAUUCAAGGGGCUUUCAAAGCUGCAAACCUUACGAUUAAAUAAAAACUUGCUGAAGGAACUCCCCCUUGGCAGUUUGGAUGACCUUGGCAACCUGGAGGAACUAUCCCUGCAUGACAAUCGUAUCACUCAUCUCCACCAUGACCUGUUCUCCAAGACUUUGAAACUUAAGAAGCUGUUCCUCUCCAACAACAGGCUCACGUCUCUUCCACAAGGGAUCUUCUUAAACCUGCCCCUUCUUUCCCAGAUCUCCCUGUAUGAAAACCAGCUGGAGAGUCUGGGACCAGGAGUGUUUGGGCCCAUGGCCCUGCAAGAGUUGUGGUUGUAUGACAACAAGCUGAGCCAUGUGGAGGAUGACACAUUCAGGAACCUGACUCAGUUGCGUCUACUUGUGCUCAGUCGCAACCAGAUCAGCUCCGUAUCCAACAGGGCCUUUCGAGGGUUGGAGCAGCUGGGAGAGAUAUCGCUUCACACCAACUUGCUUACAACCCUGCAACCUGGGGUUUUCCAAGGUAUGCCCAGUCUGGUCAACAUUUCCUUAGAGCACAACGCCAUCAGCUCCCUACCGUCAGGUUUUCUACAAGGCCUGAGCAACCUGGGACAGAUAGACCUGCGAAAUAACUCCCUUCCCAACCUGCCACAGGAGAGUCUUGAUGCCCUCACUGUGGCAAAGGAAGUUCUCUUGCAGCAGAACCCCUGGAGGUGUGACAAGGAUAUUCUGCCACUAAGAGACUGGCUGACACAGAACCCAUCCAAGGCCAACCAAACUCUUGUAGUCUGUGAGACACCUUUCAGUCUGAACGGUGAGAUAAUCGCUCUGCUGGCAGAUGAGACCUUCCUGCCUCUCGGCUCUACAGAGGAGCCUGUGUUGACCUCGACAGAGAGGCGGAGGAAACCCCACACUCCUCCAACUAGACGAAGCACUUCCUCACCUGCGGUCAAGACCACCCCCACAUCAGAGCAUGAGGAGGUGACCAGUGGUGGCCAAGGAGAGACGGGAACAGAUUCUAAUGAUACUUCGAUCAUCCUCAUCGUUAUUGCUGUAGUGGCCACUGUCAUCAUUAGCACCGUCAUCAUCAGCUGUAUGUGCUGGAGGAGGAACAAGAGAGGCAGGGGAAAUAUUGGCCGCCGUACUAAGAACUCUGUGCUGUAGAUUAGACCACCCAAUGUUAGCAACGCAAGAACUUUUAAAGCCAAGUCAAAGUGCUCACUGAUUUCUGUGGUUUACUUCGAAAAUGUGAAGCCCAGAGUUGAUUUUAAAGUCUUAAAGGCAACAGAAAGAACCACUUUGGCUCAAUUCAGAUGUACCAGCUAGAACAAACAAGUCGACUUUUAAAUUCAUUAGCUUUCCAUUUUUAAUGAUCAAAUGUACCAGCCAGCAUUCCUCUUCAUGUUUGCUGUAAAAAGAGAACAGACUUUGCAUGUACUAACGGUGAAAACACCCAUGUUGCCAUCUUGUGGGCAACCUGGACAUUUUGGUGAAUGUAAGCUCAGACGCAAUGAAAUAGUCUACUUCUUAUAGUAGAAUUAAGAGUGCAUUCGGUAUUAGUAUUUCAUUUUUCAAAAUUAGUAAUUGCAGUUUGACAUUGUGUUUUUGUGCUAACAACAAUGCAUUAAGGAUACAGUUUUACUUUUUUGCAAAAUGGCUAUCGAUGAAAACAUGUAAUUUUGACUCCACUGUAACACAAUUCAUCCAAUGGUUUUGACACUUACAAUGCAAAAUGCUACUAUAGGUUGAAUAAAUGCACUAUUUUUAGUGGGAGAACUCUUA